GGUGUAUGGCUGCUGGACUCCUCUCUCUGUGUGUCUCUCGCCAGCUCCUCCUCUCCUGAUUCCUCCCGGGCAAGAGGAGGGAAACCACAGAGAACAAAUUACUGUGCAACUUCUCUCUGGCUCCGGGGUUUUUUUUUUCUCCCCCUCCUCUCUAUUUUCUUCUCCUCACUCCCUCUCCCUCUUUUUUAGUUAUCGUUUAAUUACUUUUUUCGGUGGCUUUUCCUCUCUCUUCUGCUCUGUUCACCUGGGAGCAGCGGACGCAAGUCACACACAAGCUCUCUAGAAGUUAGCAAAGAACAACAACAACAACAAAAUAGCUCUGUUAAGAAUAAGGGCGAGAGAGAGAGAGAGAGAGAGAGAGAGGAGGGGUGUGCGUGUGUGUGCCGAAGAGAGAGAAGGACAUUUCUGAGUGCUCUGCACACUCCUCCUCCUUGCAAAGUGAAGCAGCAAGUUUGCCCUGCACCUGUUUGAGCAGCUUGAAUCCAGAUCGCCAGCAAGCCCUGAAAGUGGUUUUCAAAGGAGAAAGUUUUUUUGCCUAAGGUGUUGCCGGGUGUGCUCCUUUUUUUUUUUUGUCUUUUCUCGUCCCUUCCUUCUUGGCUCUCUAUGUUUGAUAUUUUUAUGCUUGGUGCCGGUGGAAAAUAAAAAGCUACUUGAAUGUACAGCAUGAUGAUGGAAACGGACUUGCACUCCCCCGGCGGAGCCCAGGGCCCCACUAACCUAACGGGCCAGACCGGAGCGGGAGGCGGCGGAGGCGGCGGCGGCGGCGGUGGGAACAAAGCGAACCAAGACCGGGUCAAGAGACCCAUGAACGCCUUCAUGGUGUGGUCCCGGGGCCAGCGCCGGAAGAUGGCCCAGGAGAACCCCAAAAUGCACAACUCGGAGAUCAGCAAGCGCCUGGGGGCCGAGUGGAAAGUCAUGUCCGAGGCCGAGAAAAGACCCUUCAUCGACGAAGCGAAGCGGCUUCGGGCGCUGCACAUGAAGGAGCAUCCGGAUUAUAAAUACCGGCCCCGCAGGAAGACCAAGACCCUGCUCAAGAAGGACAAGUACUCGCUGGCCGGGGGGCUGCUCAGCGCCGGCUCGGCAGGGGGCGGCCCCGCCGGGGUCGGGGUGGGCAUGGGGGUCGGGGUGAGCCCCGCCGGCGUGGGCCAGCGGCUGGAGAGCCCCGGCGGCACGGCCAGCGGCGGGUACGCGCACAUGAACGGCUGGGCCAACGGCGCCUACCCGGGCUCGGUGGCGGCGGCGGCGGCGGCGGCCGCGAUGAUGCAGGAGGCGCAGCUCGCCUACGGGCAGCACCCGGGCAGCGGCGGGCACCCGCACCACCCGCACCCGCACCACCCGCACCCGCACAACCCGCAGCCCAUGCACCGCUACGACAUGAGCGCGCUGCAGUACAGCCCCAUCUCCAACUCGCAGGGCUACAUGAGCGCCUCGCCCUCGGGCUACGGGGCCAUCUCCUACGGCGCCCAGCCCCACCAGAACUCGGCCGCGGCGGCCGCGGCGGCCGCUGCCGCGGCGGCGGCUUCCUCCGGAGCUCUGGGCGCCUUGGGCUCGCUGGUCAAGUCGGAGCCCAGCGUGAGCCCGCCCGUCACCUCGCACUCACGGGCCCCGUGCCCCGGGGACCUGCGGGAGAUGAUCAGUAUGUACUUACCGGCCGGAGAAGGAGGGGACCCGGCUGCGGCUCAGAGCCGGCUUCACUCCCUGCCCCAGCAUUACCAGAGCGCCAGCACGGGGGUCAAUGGCACGGUCCCCUUGACACACAUCUGAGCCGGGAGGGACGGAGAGGGACAGAAACUUGCAUUG